UGACGUUUGUAACAAAAAGCAAAACUUGUCUUUGGUCAAGUGAUAUGUCAUAUCAGGGAUUCUUAUUUGUGUUGUUAGAAAAAGUUAUUUAAUAUGUCUCUAGCUGUAUCUUAUUAUGGAAAGCGCCCGAGCCGAACAUGACAAGAUCGAAUUGGCGGCUGAAAGUUUCUGGAGGACUCCGCAGAGAGCCGUUCCGGGCAGGCCUCGUCAGAGGAUCGAGCGAAGCGAGGUUAUGUCGGGCUCGUCCUACCAGCAGUUCCAGGCGUCCGUGAACGACGCCUGGGACUUGGGCGAUGACGAUAUCAUCUCCGGCAUAGCCGAGACGAGGAUAUCACGCGCCAUAUCGCACACGGCGGCGUUGAAUGUGAUCAACUCGCACCGCAACAGCACGAAGGGCGCUAGCAAGAGCGACGCGCGAUCGGAGGCCCCGCCUGCGCGCGCGGACGAGGUGCGGCGGCCGGGCGCAGCGGGCCCCCUGCGCCACUACCCGGGCCGGCCGCGGCCCGUGCGCCUUUCGGCGCUCGCGUCCCGCGAGGAGAGCAAUGAGUCCAAGCUGGAACGUUUCCAGCAGCUGCUGAACAGUGCCGUGCUGGACCUGGACGAGCUCAAGCAGCUCAGUUGGUCGGGCAUACCUGCGAAGGCGCGCGCGGUGACGUGGCGCCUGCUGGCCGGCUACCUGCCCGCCAACGCGGAGCGGCGCGCCGAGACGUUGCAGCGCAAGCGCGCGGACUACCGUCACCUCGUGCGCCAGUACUACGACGCGGAGCGCGAGGAGGACACCUACCGCCAGAUCCACAUCGACAUCCCGCGCAUGAGCCCCCUCGUGGCGCUGUUCCAGCAGCCCACAGUGCAGGUGAUGUUCGAGCGCGUGCUGUACAUCUGGGCCAUCCGUCACCCCGCGUCGGGCUACGUGCAGGGCAUCAACGACUUGGUCACGCCCUUCUUCAUGGUGUUCCUGCAGGAGGCGGCGCCGGGCCGCGAGCUCGACGACUUCCCUCUCGACAGCCUCCGCGCCGAGCAGCGGGACAUCAUCGAGGCGGACUCCUUCUGGUGCCUCUCCAAGUUCCUGGACAGCAUCCAGGACAACUACAUAUUCGCGCAGCUCGGGAUACAGUACAAGGUGCGGCAGCUGUGCGAGCUCAUCGCGCGCAUCGACGGCGCGCUGCACGAGCACCUGCGGCGCCACGGCGUGGACUACCUGCAGUUCUCGUUCCGCUGGAUGAACAACCUGCUGACGCGCGAGAUCCCGCUGGCCUGCAGCAUCCGCCUGUGGGACACGUACCUGGCCGAGUCGGACGGCUUCGCCAGCUUCCAGCUCUACGUGUGCGCCGCCUUCCUGCUGCACUGGCGCGAGCGCCUGCUGCUCGAGCGGGACUUCCAGGGCCUGAUGCUGUUGCUGCAGAACGUGCCCACGCACAACUGGUCGGACUCGCACAUCGGCGUGCUGGUGGCGGAGGCCUACCGCCUCAAGUUCGCCUUCGCCGACGCGCCCAGCCACCUGGCGCCCGCGGGCCGCGGAGCGCCCGGCCACCAGGCGCCCGCCGGCCGCGGCGCGCGCAGCUGACAGUCGGGGCGCCGGUGAGCGCUGGCCGCGCCGGGGACUCCGGCGGAACGUAACAGCUAUCAUUCACUUGUUUCACAAUGUACUCUUACCGGUUUGAAGAAUGGUCCGGUUUAGAAGCCUUGUUCUCGCGACAGGCGCAUUUCGUAAUUGGUCAGAAAUAUGACGAAGCGCGGUGUACGAGGGCAGCUGGAAAGGGCCUCCCACUAGUACUAUUGGCUAUUCAUGACCUACAUUUUGUUCCACAAUUUUCUAUUAAAAACAAUAUAAGAGAGCUUUCAUAUUUCUCAAUAAAAUAUACGCGAUGACAACCAUAGAAUCAUUUAAGGUCAAAUGGAGGAUUUUAAGUCCAAUGAAUUUAUAUUAAGUAAGGUUUCAUACUUAAAAUAAAUUCAUGCAUACAUAAUAUGCGGACUUAGGGCCUUUUGUUUUAUACUUUGAAGUCUGAACACAUUCUUACUCCGACCAAUGUCAGUGUGGACAUUCGAACGUAAACAUUGAUUUAUUUUUAUUGAUAAUUGUUUUAUUUAAUUUAAUUUUCCAUCAGUUAUUAGUUCGUACACUCACCGAGAGAAUAACUAAGGUAAUUAUGAGCUCUUUCUAAUACUAAGAGUAUCUGAGUUCGGCUGUGAACGGCUUGACAGCAUGGCAACAGUGAUAGAAACGGUUUCUUUUUGACCACAGAAUUCUAAAACUAUUAUAUUCUUUGUUAAUAUUCCUCAAAUGAUUUGAAAACACGUUAUCACGCACGUGUAUAUACGUGUACGUGUAAUGUACUGUCAAGUCAUUACAAUUCGAGCCGUCAUUUUUAAUUUUACGAUAAUUUUUAAUAUGAAAACUAAAAAUUUAGAAAAGUCAUUAUUAUCAGUUACUUGAACUCUUGUUCCAGUACCCCUUUCCAAAUGGCCUUGUGCGAUAAAGAAGCAGGAGUAGUUCAUCGUGCAAAAGGUCGUUGAGAGCAAGCUCAAAUAGCUUUAAUCCACACCCCGGACAAAUCUGAGUGCAACUAAUAUUGUUAUAUUCAAUACCAGUUGUACCAGUUGUGUCAGUCGGGUACAGAACCCGACGGCUGCUGGGCGGCUGCUCGGCGGGCAUAUGAAGGGCCGGUGACGGUGCUCCGUACUGCCACCACGCACAUUUGUUUGGCAAAUGGAGCAAUGAACAUUCGCGCAUUAUAAACAUGUACACACUGCACACUGUAUGUAUGCACUGAGUGCUAAGGCUGCGAUUUCCACCUGCAUUUACUUAUCCGACCGCUUGAAAGCUAACUUCGAUUUUUAAGGUAUCGAAAGAGCGACAUCUAGUGCCAAUAUUGGGAAACAGUAUCGUCACUAGAUGGCGCUAUUUUCUUACCAUAUAAAUCGUAGUUACCUUUCACGCGAUCGAAUAAGUGACCGUAGGUGAAAAAUGUCCCACUUGGUACUCAGUGCGCUCUAGAAGUUCAGUUGCUCCGACUGUUUCCAGUGGGAAUGAGCUCCGUAGAGACGCUCAAGCUCACAGAAUGCUUGCCCUGCGGCAACUGUAUAUACUCGUGUAUCACAUCAUUCAUAAUUUCCAGUGCUAACUCAUUGUCAGUGUAAUGUACGCCCACCUCCGCGUUACCGACUACCUAGUUAGCUGUUAAUAUAUAAUUGUUCCAAGUGGUUCGCCGAUCCGUAUAAAAUAAGAAUGUAUUGUCAUAGCUGUAAAAUGACCCAUAACGAUUGUUUCAACGCAUUCGGUCAGCCUGACCUGCGCUCUUUGCCCAUAAAAUAUGUUACGAGUUAAAACGAGGAUUGAAAAGAUAAACAAUCCUCAUCUUUAAAUCGAUUUGCAGUAGGUCCAUUUUACUGUGAGUUUGAACUCGCGAAAACUGUUAACGGUUUUCGUAUUGAGGCUUGUGAGUUCUGCACGAGCCUGCGGCCGCGCCUAGGCCGCUAGCUGCGCCCUGCAUCGCGGCAAACAAGCUUUAUUACCCACCACCAAUGUACCGAUGUUAUAUCACAAUACAUUCCCGUACCUACACUAUAACGUAAGGACCUAAUUUACCUCGUUUUAGGGUAGAUCGUUCUGUACUACUGUUUUUAUUAGCGCUUGUUAUUAUUAAAUCUUAGGAAAGUUUCUAAGCUUUAAAAUGAGGUAAAUAAGUCCAUCUAUUUGACUUGUACAGUGUUUCGAUAUAAGCAAGAGACUGCGCACGCCCCGCGACGCUGCGCGGACACCACACAUGUACAGAUAUUAUUGUUAUAUGCGAGCACAAGGAGAGAGUUUCGCGUCUUACGCGGUAUUACAUUUUCGGCCCACAGCGGUUCGUGUUAAGUCUGAUUUUGGCAAACGACUGACGGAGGCCUAAUUCUAAGUCCACGCGGCCCUCAUUAGCUGAACUAUUAAAACGGAACGUACGCGUGAAAUGCAUCUGGAACGUGAAACUGGUCCAGAGGGGUGCGCGGUGGAGCCGCAAUCGACGGUGGACUCAGAUCUGAGUGAUAGGUUCACGACCAUCCAGAGAAUUACAAAAUGCGUCAGCUCGAGUAAACCUCGUUGCGCGCCAACCGCUAGGCUUAGCUCAGCUCAAGGUCAAGUUGGAUCCGAGGGCCACUCCUGGAUCUGAUCCACUAGUAGGCACUCGCGGCAGUGCACGCUCCUGCCAGCCGCCCGCGUACGUACCGUUGAAUAGGAGGAGGCCCGCGAGGCAAAGUAAAAAGAUAUUCGACUAUUAUUGAAGGUUGUUUUUGACUUGGGUUUAUGUAUUUUGUUUUGAUGUCUACGUUUCUUUACUUUUAUUAUUAUAGCACUACAUAUUUGUAAAUU